UAUGAAAAUCAUCUGUAGGAACAAUCCCUAGUGGAUUAACCAAAAAAAACAAAAAAAAAUGUUGGCAAUUGAGGUAUCAAGCUACAUACAGUUGCUCCUAAGAAAAAAACUCUUGCCUCUCUCUUCUCUCUCUCAAGGAAUGGCGACCUAGAGCCCUUUCAUGGCUUCCAACGUCUCUUCCAAUAUUUGGCUGUGGGAGAGUAGAAUCAUAACCCUAAUGUGACAAAUACUAGCCUUAAUCCUAAGAAGUCAUAUGCAGCGUGAUUUGUUACCAAAGAAUCUACUCAAAAUCGUCAAAAUAUAAGUUUACUUCCAAUUAAAAUUGAUCAUGGAGAACCAACCAUUGAAUUUACCAUGGAGGAGGUUAACGAGUUCACCAUCGAAGAAGAGCUACACCAAGCAGUCAUCGUCAAGUUUUUAUAUGGAAAACCAGAGUUGCAUGAGUUUAGAAAGAUUUUUGCGAAACAGUUCGAGGUUAAAGGAUAUUGUAACAUUGGGCAGCUUAAAUUUCGACAUAUAUUAGUAAGGUAUGAUUUACAUGAUGACUAUGUCUAGUUCGUAUCAAGGUCUACUGGAUAUAUUAAAUCUAAAGGGGAUGAAUUUUUCUUUAGAACAUUCCAAUGGAUGUUAGGUUUCAAUCCUAGAGAAGAAACAUCGAAGUCAGUUGUGUGGAUUUCUUUGCCAGACCUGCCCCCUAAUUGUUUUGCAAAAACAUCGUUAAUGUCGAUCGCUUCAGCAGUAGGGAAAUCUCUUGCUGUAGACAAGGUGACACAGGAUUGUACUAGGCCAAGUGCUGCGAGAGUUAAGGUUUUGUUAGUCCUUUUGGACAAACAUCCUAAGAAAUUUAAGAUUCACAUUGUCGACAAAGGUUCUGGGAAGUAUGUGGAGUUUCAUCAACAGGUGGUGUAUGAUAACCUCCAAAAGUAUUGUACCUUCUGUAAGCAUCAGGGACAUGAUGAAAGCUCAUGUCGAUCGAUGCAGGGAAGAAACAGGGAAGUGAAUGAAGAAAAUACAAUGCAAGUUGAUAUGACUGGUGUGGAGCUGAGUAAUGUUGAAGUUAAAAGGUGAUGCUAGGGAGUUGUUGAAUGCCAAACGAGCUGCAAAUAAAAUUCAAGAAACUGCAAAUAUUGGGGUGCAGCUAGCUAUGAAAUCAACAUGUGAUACCAAUAGAGAGGAUCGUGGAUGUGAUAUUGAUACAAAUCAUGAGGCUAAUGUAGUUACUAUUAAUCGAGCAUUAGCUCGGAUUAACACGACUUUGGAGCCACAUGUGGGGAAGGAUAACGUUGACAAGGUUGCUGGUGAGAAUGAAGAGGAAUUAGCUGGGCAGGUGGUUAAUAAUCCAGGUAAAGCUGGUACUAUUUCAUUAAUAGUAGGUGCAUGAUCUGUCACAACUAAUACUCUUGAAGCAGUUGUCCAAACAUCUAGAUUAGAUGUUACUGGUAUUAGAGGAUCUAGUGUUAAAGGGGCUGGGCAAUUUUGUAAUGGCCAGGGGAAGGAAAAGGAUCAUCAGGGUACACAAGCAGCAAUAAAAAUUACUGUUGCUAAUAUGGGAAGACAGGCAACUGAUCGAGGAGUCUCCAGUAGUACUCAGGUUGCUGGUGCUUUAAUGCACCUGGAAAAUAUGGUGAUCGAUUGAUGUUUCAUGAGCAAUCAACUACUAGAAUUGCAGUAGCUAUGAAUAAGUUCUCACAGGUGUUAGAGGGGGAAAAAUAGGCUGCUGGAAUUGCUAAAAAUCCUGCUGCAUUAGUUGAUCUAGUUGAAAAACCAGCAGCCCUUGUAGCUACUAUUGUACAAGCUGUGCAGCUACUUUCUCCAGGAAAAAUUGGACGUGAUUUUGGUGGCAAGUCUGUUACAGCUCACUUGGAGACAGCAGAUACUCAAAAUUCAGAUGUCCAAGCAAUGCAAAAAUCAAAUGGUAGGGACUAGACAGUGGUGAAUCGAUCACCAAAGAAGCAGAAUGCUCUAGUUAGUAAAAACCAGUCUACUGCAUCAAAGAAUGUUGUUCAUGAUUUAGUCUCAACAUCUACGCUUUCUAAGCCUCAAAGCAGUGUCAAACACCAGCAGUCCAAGAAGAAUGCAGAUGCUGGAUAAAAAGUCUCAAAGGAUCUUGCUCUUGCUUCUGUCGACGAACAAAAGGCUAUGGCAGUACCUAAUGCAUCCUCACCAACUUUACACAUAUCCAAUCCAGAUUUGGACAAAAUGGUAAAGGAUGCUCAGGCUGAAAUGGUAGUGAAUACCACUACUGGCAAGUAAGCUUACAGUUCCAAUACACCUACAUUGCAUUUUUCCAGUCCUCGUAUGGAACAAAUUAUCAAAGAUGCCCUGGCAUCAAUGGUAGUGAAUACCACUAUGGUUAAACAACCAAUAGUUACUUUGAACACAUCUAUAUUUGAAGUUCCUUCACAGUCAGCUGAGUCUUUUGGUGAGUAUGGAAGCUAGUCUGGGCAGUUGAUGCUGUCCACUAGAAAUAAUAAUGAAAUUGUACAAGCAAAUUUGAGAGAGAUGGUUAGUAAAUCCAAAACUUUGGCUGACCAAGGUGAGGAAGAUGAAGAAGAGGACUUGGGGGAUGUGGAAGCUGGGGAAUCUACUGAUUAUGCUGUUCAAGAGAGUGAAGAUGAAGAUGUGCUUUCAUUAGGCUCACCAACACUGCCAAAAACAUACUCGAUUUCCAGUUGCAAAAGCAAGCUUAACUUGAAUGCUCCAGCAUUCAUUCCCAGAAAUUCUCCAUGUGGUGCUACAAGCCAAAAUUCAGUAACACCUACAUCUAUUGUGCAACAACAACAACUUAAUCUAAACAAUUCAGUUGUUACUACUACUGAUGAUCGAAAUGCAGCAACAACAUCAAAGGUUGGACAACAACAACAGAUUGCAAGCACUCCAGGUGCUGCAGUGACGCCUUCAAAUGCUGGACAACAGUAGCAGGAUAUAAGUACAGUAGUUAUCUCGUUGGAGGACAAAAAGCUACUGGACGCUUUAGUAAGCUUUAAGCCUGUAAAUUCAUUAACUUCAUCUCAAGUUGUUAGCACUGGACAUGUGAUUAAUAACGGGAACAAGAUGCAAGGCAUAGAAAAACAUCAAAAUACGGCAGCUUUGGCAAAUACACAAGAUGAAAAUGCCUUGAUGACACUUGAUCGCGUCCAAAAUUUUCCCCAUCCAGUGAACAUGGGAAAAGAUCUGUAUGAGGAAGGAGAGGAAGAUGAAAUUUAUCGCCUAUGCAUAGUGGUAAAGGUAAGAAAUCACAUACAAGGAAGAAGAGUUGGGAAGACAAGGUAAAUGAGGAAGUAACCAUUAAGAAACCACCAAUGAGGGAUGCAAAACACAAAUUGAAUGCGUCGAUAACAUCAACAAGAUCCAACAAGUCCAACCGAUCAAAGAAGAAAUGAUGAAAUUUGAAUACAUCUUUAUGAGGGUACAUAAUGAUGACAAGAUUCUACAAGUCGAAAAUUUCACAAAGAUAGAGUAUAAAGGUCAAGAGUAUAAAGGUCAAGACACUAAUUCCUACAUUAUUUUAUUUUACCAUUUUAUUAGCAUAAUAAUAUGUAAUAUCACCAUAGAGUAUGUUAUCAAUUCUAUGAUGAUCAUACAUUACUUAGUUUGUGCUACUUCAUAUUUUUUACAUUCUGGUUAGUAGGCGAGGCUAUUAAUGCCUCAGAAGGAAUUAUGAGGUAAGGUUUAGCGCAAUAUGUACUUGCUCAUUGCCUACGCCUUUGGAAAAUAUCCAUACAGCUAUGAGAACGUUCGCCCUCGUGAGACUAUGCCAACAACCUAGUGAGGCCGUGUCAAAGGGCAUUGGAGGCGCACAAGGAUGAUUAUAUAUCAAAGGCAUAGCGACAAGAAUACUAUAGCUUUUG